AUGAAUGCUUCGUCUUCUAGAACCAGAAGAGGCCCUCGAACACCUCGUGCCUGUGAGAUAUGCCGUUACAAGAAGAUCAAGUGCGACGGACUCAUGCCGUGCCAGAGCUGCCGGUUCCGAGAAGCCAAUUGUGUUUAUAAGACGCAUAAUAAUCGCUACGUGCAGAGCACGCCCAGUGCCCAGACAUACCCCACUACCGAGAAUAGCAUACCCUCGUCAACCUCGUAUCCUUCAGACACAAAUCCAAACCGUAUUGGUAGCGUAGAUGCCCAACCCUCACCAGCGUUCACUGGCUCGUUGAGCCUUAUGAACCCCAAUAUCAGUCCGCAAUAUUCAACCACCCCCGAGGGCUCUGGAAUGCUGACAUUAAAUGCACUUGGCCCGGGCACAGACGCUUCAUCUACCUCCAAAGAUCUUGGAGAAGUCCUCGAUACGAAUUCCUACACCAAAAACAUCGAAUUUCACGGAAGUAGCUCAACUAUCAACUUCCUUCAGUUAGCUGAGAGAGGCGGUCAUAGCUCGCCACUUGAUAUGGGCAGCGUGCAACAGUCUCUGGUUUCUUGCCUUCACAACCCGGCUGUCGACCCUGACGAGUCCGAGUGUUCCAAAAGAUACCCUUUCCCAGAAGGCUCGGCAGAUUAUUUUCCCCAUGUCGCUACGCAAUUCAUCGAAGGCUAUUUCGAUGGCCUGCACUACGCACAGCCCCUGCUGUACAAAGAUGAGUUUUUGAGGCGCUGCCAGACGCUUUGGUUACAGGGGCGCAGUUCGUGCACCACGAGCUUUUUGGCCUUGUACUACGCCGUCCUAGGAUUCGGUGCGUUGACAAUGGUCUGGGGAGACGACGAGUUCAUUGAUGGCCAGGGUCGUUUUGAAUGGAGUAGAAAGCUUCUUGAAAAGUCCCGUGCGUUAGCCGGGCGACUUUGUCAAACGACUGAUUUGGAAUCUGUCCAGUGCUUCCUUUUCCUUGCCAAAAUAUGUCAAAAUGAGUUGAGUCCUCAUACUGCAUAUAUCUAUGUUGGCAGGGCAGUCCGAACCGCGCUAGCUAUGGGAUUAAACAGGGACUGCGUGAAAAGGUCGACGCAAGACAGCGUUGAACUGUGUAUGGCGCAGACUCGAACUUGGUGGGCUGUUUACUCUUUUGAGAUCGAGAUUAGCUUCUCCCUGGGGCGGCCUGACUCUUUGAAUCAUGAUGGCUAUCAUACCCGGCCAUUUCCGCAAAUCCGCACCAAACCCCACGAAAGCGGAAGUCUGGAGCCACCAGAAGUUGGUAUCAUCGAACAUCUGGUCAGACUCGCCCGACUGACCAGGGAGAUCUCAACUAAGCUCUACUGUCCUCUCAUUGGAAUGCCGCCGAAAUCACAGGCUAUCCGAGACAUCGAUAUGAAACUGGAUGCUUGGCUGAAUAGUAUCCCACCAGCACUGCGGCCUACGAAGAGCAGCCCAUCGGCUGGAUCAUUAGAGCUGACCAGACAACCUGCAUAUAUCCGGAAGCAAAAGCUCGUCCUUGGUACCAAGUAUCAUAACGUCCGUAUGUUGCUCCAUGCAUCUCUCAUUGAUACGGUUUCCGUUCAAUGCCCAUCCAUUGACUUUGCCGGAAGUCUAAGAGAAUGCGUUCAAUCAGCAAGAUUAACCAUAGAACUUGUGUACGAGAACUAUUGCCAUCAUGAGUUCUUCCGCACCUGGUGGUUCAACACGACCUACAUUGUAUUUGCAUCGACUAUUAUUCUGUUCGUUGCCAGUCAAAACGUGGAGGCACCAGAGAAGCAUCGCUGGCAAGAGCUCAUCCAGAACGCCAUUGAGAUCCUGAGCGUCAUGGACGAGAACGUCGUCGCUCGGAAAGCGGCGGGUAUCAUCAAAGAAUGCCAUGAUCGGGCCAAAAGGAAACAAUCCUCCGAGGUUUCCACAGUUUCAGGGAACGACAAUUCCUUUUAUACAAUGUUUGACCACGGCAUGAUGGAAUUACAGCAGUCCUUUCCAUUCGACGUUGCUAGUUGGGAUGGGGCAGGCAUAUUCCCAUGGGCAAACUUUGGACCUUCCAUUCCGCAGGAGCAGACGCCAGACUCUGGUUCGUAG